CUUACCCCACUCUCCCCUACCCCUAGUCUUUAGUAGGAAUGUUACACAUGUGCAGUUUCAAUAAUACGUGCAAAAAAAAAAAACCUCAGUAAUGUCCUCUCAGUUUCAGCUCUUGUCGCUGUCAUAAAUCAGAGUCAUAAUUUGAUUUAAAGUGGGAAUCAUGACCCGUUGGACUCAAGAUGGAAACAGGUGGUAGGACACAGAGUAAAUCGCGCCUGCGCGUCUUUAACAGGACAGUUGUUCCGUUUUCGAUUUUGAUAAGUUUUUAUGACCGCAGUUUCGUCUGACUCGGGGACUGGAGAAAGAGGAAGUAAAAAGACUUUGCUGCGUGAUUCAGCGAGAUAGAAGAUUUUACUCGACAACUUAUGCCGUUUAACAACAAGGGAAUCUUUACAAACUCCUCUCUGUGGCGUCUAUGGAGAAGAAAAGUGUGCGUGUGUGAGAGAAAUGCAAAUAUUUCUCUUUCCGAGGGUGAAGUGAGUGGUUGCACACGCUUCCUGGUCUACUGGACUUGAAGACUGAUACGAAGUCCGCGUGUCAUUCAAGCAGAGCCAACGAGCCAGCGAACAAAGCCGACCAAAAUGGAUCAUGCAUCUCACCUUGACACACACCAAAGCAAGGUAAAAAGAAACAUUUGUCGAGUUUCACAGGCUGACACAGCUCUGCCAGUCUUGUCAGCGAUUUAAGGGUGCUGCUCACUGAUUGACAGUCCGAUGACCCGCCCCUUCUUAUGACCGAGGACAUCAAGUUUCAUUUCGGCUGAAUCAUUAACAAAGAGCCAGGGCAGGAGCAAUGAGAGGACUUAUCUCAUCAUAAAAAUGUUACACAGAUCACAGGUCAAAAUAAAGAAACGUACAAGUAGAUGAAAAAUGAACAUUUAACACACAUACACUCACUGUAGAGAAGAUACAACCACAAAAAGUUCCUCUUUCUUUGAGCUGCCACCAGCUGACAAGUUGAAAUGUCUUUGCAUCCUUGUAAAAUCCCUUCUAAAUGAUCUUUUGAGCAACAUUAAUCUCAUUUUAAUGUACAAGCCUAUAAUUUGUUGAAUCAUAGACACACUAUAGCCUAAACAAAAACUGUUGCCUGUUUUGUGUAACACUGGAACACUAUCACUAAAAUGAGUAACACCAUCACAGUGAUUUUUACCUGAAAUAAUAUACCCAAGAAAAAGUACUUGUCAUCAGAAUAUAUCAAAAUAGGACAAUAUAUGACAAAUUAAAGUAGCUUUCUUUUAUUCUUAGCUGCGCAGUAUCCAAAGGGAGGGGACAAAGUGCCACGAGGGGACCAUAUAAAAGUGCACAAAAUUACUGAAAUUAGGCAUUUAUGAACAAAAAUGUCCUAAUCAAAAAUCAAAAUUUCCUCUCAGAUAUUUUCAGUGAGAUUAAAACUGUGUCUUCUCCCCUUCAGGGCUCCGUGUCGCGGCAUAGGGAACACAGCGAGGAGGCUGGUGACAUGAGACCCGUCGACAGCUCUGUCUCUUCCUCUCAGGUACCUUUCUUUUUUGAAACUCAGAAUCUUUGUAAAGUUGAACAGUUUGACGUAGCGGUUUGCCUUUAAUGAUUUAGGAUGAAAAGAGGGUCAUCAGGAGAGUAAGAAGUCCAUCCAGACCGAGAGCAUGGCUGUCCAGUUCUUACAAACCAAAGAUUGCAGGGCAGCCCUACAAACCUCGGUAAGCACGCACUUUGUUAGCUGUUUUCCCUUCAGCAAAAUAAUAACUUAACUCGCUUGCAAAGUAAGCUACUCAGGAUUAGAUUUCAAGUGAUUUUGGCUUUUCUACAAAGUUUUUUCCCUCUUGAAUCAAAUGAUGCAGGGAUUACCACUUCUACAAACCUGGCUUUGGUAACCAAAGAUACCAUCACUCCACCCACCGAGGUUACUUCCCCCGGAAAGGUUAUUUCAAGCCUAAACUCCACCACUCUGCACCGAGGGAACGAGAGCGAGAAAAAGAGAAGGAGUGGUAUGAGCCAAGAGAGGGCACUGAUGAGAGUUCACCUCCAAAACAAGGAAGCAGUAAGUAAAGGUUUUCAGACACAGCCGGUAAAAACAUUGAUAAUACACUUUUAAAAAAAAAGAGGUAAAAUAAAAAAUCAGGUGCCUCAAGACUGACAAAAUGUCUGUGAUGGCAGAAAUUUUGUCAUGACAGUCAUAUUUGCAACAAAACUGUGUAUGAGGCUCUUUUCUGUCUGACAUAGACAAAAAUGUAAAUUCCCUGAGCUCUCAGUGAGGAAGAGUAAAGAAAUGUUUUUAGGGAACAUGUGAAAGAACUGCAUGAAGCCUCGACCUUUAACCUCCUCCGACAACAUUUGCAAUAGAUACGACGGCCUCAGCUAUUUUUUUUGUGCUCGCUGUGUUCAAGCAGCCGCACUCAUGCUCUUGUUUAGUGGCAUUGGUUGAAACGGAGGCCCCAGGUGCAGGUUUUUUUUUUUUAGACACAUUAUUCAACUUGAGUCAGCUCGAAGCGGAGACACACAGACCCACACAUACACACUUGUGAGCGCAUGAACUGAAACAGAAACCGCAAAUUUACAUGGCAGGCUUUCGCAACAUCACAUCCAAUGUGAGAAGACAUAACAUUGGGUAACUUUGUAAGAUGAGUAGAAAUGCUACAGAGUUGAAAGCGAUAUAACAGUUUUGUUGUCUUUGUUUUUCUUCUUAGAUAUAAAGUCUGAGUCUCUAAUCAAAGUUAAUGUGGUCCUGAAUUAGGAACUUUUGAGAUUGCAGAGAAAAUAACACUGAACUAUUUAAAUGUUAUAAACUUUAAAAGCUUAAAAAAUAAAUCAGCAUGUUUGUUGUUGCACAUAACCCUAUUUAUAGUUGUUUUUCUAGACAGGUUUUAGCCUUGAUAAGAAAAACAAAUCAAGAAAUUAAUAUAUGGAUGUCAGCCAAGCAUCAACCUUCAAUGUUGAUAAAUGAAGUAAAUGCAGCAGUGCAAAGAAACUGCAGUUCCUCAAGUUUCUUCUUCUUGAUUCUGGCUGCAAAUGGGAAGAAAUUCCCAUCAUAUCCCGUCUUAAAAUGCCCUUUUUUACAGUAAAGUUAAACAUGUUUACAGCCCAGUUAAAUAUUUUUUUAAAAAGUUUUUCGGUUCAUUGCAUAUUGCUCUCAUUUAUUCAUACACAGGGUACAGAGGGUGAACUUAUAAUGACUUCUCGAUUUUGAUUUUAUCAGACUGAGAGCAACACAUGAGUCUGCAAAAUUAGGGGUACUGCUGAGUUGCCAGGAGGCAUGAAUAAAUACAUAAAUAACUCUUCUAUACCACGCCAACCAAAUAUAAAUUCAAUAAAAAUAAUCAAUUCUUGCCAUCUCAUGUGUAUAAAUGAGCAUCAUUAUAGUGGAUGUACUCCAUACGCCAUCCAGCAUGAUGGUGCACUUCUUCAAACGACCAUCGGGUGGCAGUAAAGGCAAAUAGAGGCGUGCACAUGCACAUUUCCAUGCACACUUUGCAUUACAAAUAUAUUUUGAGAGCAUUUGCUCAUGGUAGUAUCUGCUGGUUGAUAGGUAGUCACUCUCUGGUAGCAACCAAACUGCUGUUACGUAAUGUUCAUCACAAAGAAGCUUUUCCUGAGCUCAAUAGAUGGAUUAUGUCAGAGCUGACAGCAGCUCAGGCAUUUCACACAAUACAUCUCAUGUAGGCUGUUUAACGUAGUAAUAUGAAGAUAAAUGAUUUACUUGGAGCGACCUCAUUAUUUGCGAGUGAAGGGAGAAUGAGAGUAAACAAGAGGGAUUUAGUAUUUGUUACGAUUAGGUUGCCUUGGUUUUCAACUAGCUGUGAAGUCGCUGUUUUUGUUGUUCUUUUCCUGGUAAUAAAGUGUUGUGUUGUGUUGUGUUGUUUUUAAGGACUGAGCUGUUGGUACUGUAUGUUUUUAUCUUCUCUUGCACUCAGGCACUGUAUGUGUGCGCACACUGCAGCACUGUGGAGGUGUGUGUUUGUGUAUGUGUGAGUGUGGAACAGGUUUUUUGUGUGUGUGCCUGAGUGAUGGUGCGAUGAUGGUGACUCAUCGCUGAUUUGUGUGUAUAAGAGAGUGAGAGAAAGAGAGAGAGAGAGAGAGAGAGAGGGAAAAAAAACAGGGAGAGACUACCCUGCAAUAUAUGAUGAUCCAUAACGGAGAUGUUGCUUCUCAUAGGAUCCUGUAGACCAGCUUAGUAACACCAAAAUUAAAAAUACCAGCAAGUUCAGCUUGAAAAUGUACUGAUUUACAUAUUUUCACUGGAGGUGAGUUUGAAUAGAAGGUUCUGACUCCAAGAUACACCUAUAGAUCCUGUAGGUACUCGUAGGCAUGCUGAAAGAACAGGGAGGCCCUUGAACAUGUAUUAAUAGCUGCAGAGUGCACACAGAAUCCGGGUUUCUGCGUUGUUAACCGUGGGGUUUGUCUGUUUUCCAGCGAGCAGACCUUUCUUACCAAGGACCACUUCCAGCAGAGACAAGGACACACAGUUCAGUGUAAGUUCACAAGCAGAAAAAAAAACUCUCAGCUUGGCCAAAAAAAAAAAAAGGAGAAAACCACUUUUCCUUUUUUAACAUUGAAUGAGAAAAAUGUCCAGGAUUUGCUUAACCAGCUCUUUUAGAAAAUGAUUGACAUAUUUCCUUACAAAAUACUGCAAAUGUUGUUUAUCAGAUAUAUAUUUUUAGAUAUUAUUUAACAAUUUGGCAUUUUUAUCCUGAUAAUGAAAUAAAAUAAAACACAUGAAUAUCACUGUGAUUUUAUUAGAAUGCCGUUUCCAUUAUUUGCAAAUAUACAGCCAGAUCAGACAUGUCACAUGACAGCUGUAACUAUCAGUUAUUGAUUUUUUGAUUUGCUGUUCUUAUUUGUUCAUUAGCUUACAGUACACACAUAACAGCUUCGAUGCAAACAGCCCAGGUGUUGCAGGAAAGCUGAAAUCAGAUGAUUGCACACAUUUCUUGGCUGACCUGAACACAACAAGGAGCAUAGCAGCUCAUGAUGAAUCACAGCUGCUCAGUGCUGCAGUGUGGUGAAAGUGAAACGAGGGAAGACAAAUAAAAGAACCAUUUCCUCCCAUCAGGUUUAUUAAAUGUUGUUAUCUGUGUGCUGUUGAGCUGAAGCUGUAGAUAAUGGGUCAACAAGAUUUUUAAAAAGAACAUUUUUGAUGUAUUUUUUAAAAUGAGAGUUUUUAGCAGACAUCAACUUAAUGAUCUCUGUGUUUCAGUGAUUAUGUUUCUUAAUGCUAUCUUUUAGUUGUGGCUGUUAAAGCAACAAAAACCUUGACCAAAAUAACUUUUAUGAUUAUUUAUCGCUUUAAAAACGGCUGUUUAAUAGUGGUAAUAAUGUUUUUAUAAUUACCAUGCCUGAAUAAAUUACUUUCACAAUCAUGAUUAUGCAAAUCACCUAAAAUAUAAUCAGCAUAAGAAAUAGUGCAAGUACAGCAGUUAAGCUUUCUGGUGAUUAGUGAUUUUUUUUUUAAGAACAAGUACAACCUUCUGAGCUCGCAAUUAUUUUUAUUUUAAUUGCAAAGUAAAAAGAAAAUACUCCCUGUUUAUAACUUUUAGUAACAUGUUACUGCAGGUUAAAGGCUUAAAAUGGGGGACACCGUAUGAUUUGUUUACAGUAACCUCCAAAUCUCACUGCCUCUUGAGCAGCUAGCCAUUCAGCAAAAACAUCACUUUAUAUAUCUAGUGUCCAUUAAAAGCAAACAUUAGCGUUUAUUUCAAAACAAACCAAAACACUAAAGUUGUGAGUCUCAAAAUGUAAAAAAAUGAACUGUUUGACUCUAAAACAUUUUUAAAGCCAGUGAAGAAGUUUAUUGUGGUCAAUUAACCAAUCAAUUAAAUUUUAUUUAUAUAGCACCAAUUCGCAACAUUCGAGCAGGUCUAGACCAUGCUCAUUGAUGAAUUAUAAAGACCCAACCUUAAGAUGGGACACACUUGACCCACCUUGUCUAACAUGAGUGACAGUGGCAAGAAAAAACUUCCUUUUAACAGGAAGAAACCUUGGGAGGGACCAGACUCAUGUUACACAGCAUUUUGGUGAUUUAUUCUUUGUAAGUCGUUCACAACAAGUGAUUGCAUGGACACAUUUGAUCCAGUUUACAUAUAAAGUUACUGAUUAAAAAAGCCUCAAUGGGGAGUCACGUCACAUACAGCAACUUUACCAAUCCCAUUACCUAAACUGGAGAAAUCAGCUCAGGCUCUGUGUGUGUGCUUUUUUGUACAUUACAUAAAACUCUACAUAACAAAAUUUUUUAAGGAAGUGAUGCUGUCAAACUUUCAGUGCUUAACACCUCUGUCACUCCUUUCACUUGCAUACAGAUACAUAUGCAGCCAGGACAGAUUCUGAAUUCAUUAUUCCCUUGCUUCAGUGUACAAGAAGACAUGUGGAGCUUCACUUUAGUCAUUAGCAGCUCAGUCAUCAUCAGUGUUUGCGCCCGUGUUCAUUGCCAACUGUCUGAUUAAUGCCUUCCAACUCUCAUCCCCGUCUCUUUUUUGCAGGUUUACCACAGCGACCGGAACCAAAGCAGGGAGAGAGAUCACAGGGGGAGCAACAGCAGAGAAAGAGAACGGAGCCGAGACAGGGAUCCCCCUUCAGCCAGCCAGACUAUGGCACGAGACAGAGCCAUCCAGAAGAAGAGGAGAGAAAUAGACGAGGUAGAGGAAUGUCAUUACACAGACACGCUCACAUCUUGGGAGAAGGGGUUAGUAAUAAACAGAUAAAGGAAGAGGAGAGAUAAGGGAGCAUAGGAUUAGAGGGAGAGUGACAGAGGAAAGAUCUUGGAAAGUGCUGGGAGACAAGAGACAAGAAAAAGAUGUGUUUUCUGAAGACUAAACAUUAAUUUUGAAAUGCUAAGCCUGCAGCGACAUGAGUGUCAUUAUUGUCUCCACUUUGUAGUCCCUGACAAAGAAGGUCUUAGUCUGCAAUAACAAAAUUGAUGGUGUUAUAUUUCUUCAUAUAACUGCGCUAAAAUGCAAAGUGAGUCUGUUUAUCCUGGCUCACCUGUAUCACAAGAGGCUCCAACACGUGCUUUAAUGCUGCUUUCAAUGUGACAGACAUCACAUGAGGCUCUGCUCAUCGCCUGCGUGUUUGUGAGAGUGUGUACUGUAUGUUUGUGUGUGUGUGUGUGUGUGUGUGUGUGUGCUUCCACCCACCAGACAGAAAAGAUGGCCUCUUACUUUUCAUAUCUCCAUGGUUUCAGGAUUAGAGAGGCAUUCUGAGAAAGGCAGUCUGGCAACAGGUAGCUGAUGCAAAAAAAAAAAAAAAUGUCCACGAAACUCCGCUUGCGCUCCACGCUCAAAAUACUCAGGAAUAUUUUGCAUUAGCAUCUUUUGUGGAUUGUUAAUCCAUUCAGUGGUAAUUUGAAACACAUGACAAGACUUCUCACUCAGCUCAUUUGUUAUGCCUUUGUCACCAGCACUCCCACUUUCCCUCCUGAUUGUCUGUUUUUCUGCUCCAUUUUAAUGAUUUACUCUCAAAGCAUUUGUUUGAAAACCAUGGAUUUGGGUGUCUUGCAGGUGUACUAUCAGGAAUGUGAAAUGUUUGGCCUGGUGGCAAAGAUGCUAAUAGCAAAGGAUCAAUCCCUGGAGGGUCCCAUUCAAGCAUCACUGCAGGAGAACCUUAGGGACAUCGGCAAACGCUGUGUGGACGCCAUGGAAAAAUUUAUAGAGGACUAUGACGCCAGGGAGCCUUCUCACUAAUCUUCCAUACGCAUUUCUGCCUUCGAUCUUCCUAUAAUUACUGCGACCGGUAAACAUAUUACUUCUAAGUGAUGGAUGCUGCUUUUGUGUUUUCUAUUGGGAAAAAAUGAAGCUUUCAGUUUCUUGGCUGCUGCCUGGAUGUAGUCCCCCUUUCGUUGAGCCCUGAUUAACAUGUUUGACAGAUGGAAAGGAAACUCUGAUUUUGAAUUUGUCAUUUUAUUGGGACUGUGAUGAAAGAUAAAUACACUGGUUAUAUUGUUUAAAUAUUGGUUCAAAGGAGACAUCCAUCCAUCUGUCAUGCUUGAACUGUUAUCACACGCUGUUAAAUUUUAUUGAACAACAUAGCAAAUAUGUUUUGGUUUGAUAUUUGCAGUGAUUUAAGGCUUGAGGGACGAGACAAGCAUCAGUGGUGAGUUAAAUGCUUGUGUUCAAAGUUAAUUCUCAGCUCUGAUUUGAUGCUUGUUCCUAAUUCUGACUCAUAUGCCAGCAUGUGCCAAGAUUGCCAAACCAAAGAAUGAUCAAAAUCAGCUUAUGUCCGUUCAAAAGGGAACAAGAAACUGUAACACAAAAAUAGCAAAGACAUAAUAUGGUAAAUGUGGAAAACAUUGAUUAUAUUGUUUUAAACCACAAAAAUUCUUGUUCAAAUUCAAAUCUUGGUCCCAGUUCUUGAAGUGCACUGAACUUGUUUAAGUUUGAAAGUUUGGUUUUCUCAUUUUUAGGGUUGUAAACAAAAACACUAAUCAAAAUAUUAUGGGGACGCCAUCAGGGUUAUUUUACUGUUCGCUAAGAGAGUAAGACCCUCUUCAUCUUAAUCAAAUGAUUAUGAUCAAAGCAACAGAAUAUUCUAACAUCAAUAACACAUUGGGUGCUGGUGGGUUGGUUUGACUGAUAACCAAUCAUUGGUAAAUAACUUAAGUCCAAGGUUAGAUGAUGACAUGCAACUAGGCCACACAUAAAUCCAACAUAGGUUCUUAUCUUUCAAUAUUGGUUUUGCCAAAUCAAUAUCAGUUUUUGAUGUCUACCUGAAUAUUGGUUAUGAUGCCAGCCAAUCACAUUAGCAUUCAACCAAUGUUAGGUUUCACCAUCAGCCAAGUGUUUGGUAUUGACUUUAAUCCAAUGGAAAGAAAAGAACCAUAACCCACCGCUGGUCUGGUAGAAAAUUCAAACUGGUUUAGAGGUUGACCUUGUAAAAUUAGCUUUGGGUUUGGAUGUGAAACCAACAAUAUGGACCAAUCAGUGAGUCCUGACAUUGAACCACUCAAGUUAUCAACAUAAAACAAAUGUGACAUUAACCCAACAUUGAAUUUUUAUUUCAGUGCAAUUUUAAGUUAAGCUGAUUUAACCCUAGUUUGAUGACUCUCUUAUAAAAGUAUGUUUUUUUUCUGCUGAAUGUGAAAUUUUUGUAAGUUAGAGAUGUGUUUUAUAUUAAAGUCAGUUUGUAUUGACUAUGAAAAAAUCUGUUCUCAAGAGCAAGUGCUUUUGCCCACAGUAACUGCAGACGGCUAAAUGUUGCUUCCUGUAAGUACCACUGAGUGUUGUUAUAAGUUGUUAUGUAAAAAUGUUGCAGCCCUGAAGCACCCGCGGUUAAUGACUGUAUACUUCUAUCCUAUGUAGGGAAGAAAAGAGUAAAGUUUUAAGUACACUUUAAUUUGUGAGACUGUGGUCUUUGAAGACUCUGGGACUAAAGCAGAUGCACACAUAAAGAAAAGUGUUUAUUGAAGUUAAAAUAAGAAGCACAACUUCUAUGGCAAACCCUGAACACGGAGAGCUCCCAUCAAACCACUGGGCCAAAUGUUUGGUUAUUCUACUCCCAUUUUGAAGCCCCAUUACUUCAAUAAAUCAUUUUUGACCAGUAAACAAAGUAAACGAACUCCUUUGUGGUCCUCGAUUUAGUCUGUGGUUAGCAGUUCCUGCUCCAGUCAGCCAGUUUGCCUUGUGCAUUGAGUUAAAGGAACCACAGGCGACCUUCACGAAUGACAACUUUGAUAUGUCAUGGCGGGAAAAUCACAGAUGUGAUUGAAAAAAACUCAAAAUAGCUGCAGUCCAUUUACAAAGAGCCAGUUCCACAGUCCUGUUAUUGUGCAGGCUCACUGGCAUGGCUUCAUGGAGCCAUUAACCCAAACAAAGACAUUCUUCAUUCACCUGUGCUUUCGUGCUGUGGCAUGUCAAAAUGUCGACCUGAAAAGGGGAUUUUAAUAAUAGGAAAAUAAUGGAAACUUUGUAAAAGUACCUUUUAAUUUUUUUUUUCAUAUGCAAACACACUACAUACUUAAAACCGGCUCAGAAGUUGUGUGCAGUCUGGGGCUCACGUGUCACUCAAGCUGAUUCAACACGUAUGUUACCUUUAGUGUAACCUCAUAUAGCCUUAAGGGACAACUUCCUGGUUGUUCAAUGAAGUACACUUUAUUUUCAGUAUGAGACAACGACAACAAAUUAACAUGCAAGUCUCCCUAUCUCUACAUUAUGUUAUACAAAUAAUGAUUCUUUAGUUACAAAAUAUAUAUAAAUAUUUAAGACAAUAUGUACAGAACAUUUACAUUACUACAACCAUUAUUUUAUUAAGUUUAUUAUUAUAUAUACAUUAAACAGGUAUUGUUUUUUAAUACUAUAAUAAUCACUAUUUGCAAUUGUAUUAUCAUUAUUGUUUGCACUAUUAUUUUAUUAUUCUUAAUCAUCUAUAAGUAACUCUUAAAAUACAAAGCAUGUUGCAGAAGAGAAAACGGGACCAUACCUGACGUUACUGUGCCUGAAUGGUCAAGGAGCAGAGGCUGUCUGGCUCUCUGUCCUUGGUUAAGCAUGGAGAGAGCUGGCUAUGUAGAGCACAAAGUUCAACAGACUAUUUGUACAAGGUGAUAACAGGGCUAGCGAGCCAACACUAUAUUCCAGCAGCAUUUGGAUUCCACUGAGGUAAACAAUGACAUAGCUUGGAAUCUAGCACGUAACUUUCACUAUCCCAACACAAUUUCUGGUUUGUCCACAUAAAGUAAGUUUCACCGCCCAGAGCUUGGAUCACCGAGCCGCGGCACGACCAGUCCAAUCACUUCAGUUUGAUCAGUUUUGAUUUCCCUUUUCCAUCUGAAAAGGAAUUUUUCAAUCUCUCCGUGACAUGAAAACACGCAAAGACAAGCACGUAAAUCUUGUUAUUUUCCUUGACCACGGCGUGUUUAGCGGUCGGUUUCGUCAGUACUUCCUGGUACCAUCAGAAGAGUUGUUUUUUUGUCAUUGUAAACAUUUCUGUUGUGUAAGCCAGCUGAGCUUCCUCUUAUGAUUAGAUCAUUCUGUGUAGGUGUACACAAACACUACCCGAUGUAGAGUUGUGUAAGCUCACAAGCACAGAAAUAGGCCUUUUCUCUUCAACCCCAACACACACUGACACACAAUGACACACAAACACACACACAAACACUCUUUAUUCACUCUCACUGUCAGCUGUCUCACUCUCACCUUCCCACCCCCUCUGUUCCACCUCUCUGUUGCCUUAACUGUCUCCUUCUCUCUCUUCCUCUCUCUCUCAUCUCUGUCACUUUCCUGCUCAUCCCUAACCAUCUCUUUGCUCUCAAUCUAGGAAAUAAUGCAGUUUUUGCUCUUUCUCCUCUGGCGGUUGUGCAUCUGGCCGUGAAUCGGUCCGUGCAGAGGUCCAUGAUGAGUACCUAUCCCAGAGGGGCUGUAGCGGUGGCGCAGCUCCUCGUUGUUGAUGUAGCAAAGCUGCACUGGCCGGGGGAUAGGUUCACCCAGGAAAUAACCCUCAUCUCCCUCUGACUCAGAGGAAGAGGAGCAGCUGGAGCACCAGGGGUCAGCAGCCUCCUUGUAGCCAUCACCCCAGCAAGGCCCACCAAGCCCCACAGGCUGCCAGCCAGCAUUCUGCAGGGUGAGAUCAGAAGUGGUGCGGGGGCAAGGCCGGUGAGGCGGCUGCCUGUACCCUCCCAGCUCAAGACCAAGAAACUCACGAGCAGCAUUACCAGAGGGGAAGCGAUCAUAAUCCUCUUGGACACGGCGGUAGGGUAGCUCUACCAUUUGAGCAGGUCGGUCUGCCACAAGGUGCAAGGCAUUGUCAGAUCGGGAGCGGCGAGAGCGUUUGUGGUGGCGGCCACUGCGGUGCUGCCCGUUACCGUGGUUUCCACGGUGGUGUUUGCGACGUCUUGGUUGUGGUUGCUGUUGCUGUGAGAAGGACUCUUGUGUGUUAAUGCGUCUGCGGGGCAUUCUGUCGCUCAUGGGAGCCAUCCGCAGGUUUCCGCUGCUGCCCAUCACCCCAACACGACCUUUAUCAUCAAAGCCCAGAGGCUGCUGGCCAUCCCAGUACUGCAGCGGGUAGCCAACCCUCAAAGGAGUGUACAUAUUGUUGUUGAAGGGGCGAGAGGAGGACAGCGACUCUGUGCUGUGGCACUGGACCGAGGAGCUGAGGGUGCCCAUGUUGCUCUUUUCUGAUACAUUCACACCUGAGUCUUUGCUCAGGUCGGGCAUGGAGAACCGAGACAAAUGCUCCUGCCUCUUGCUGCCACCAUCUAAGGAGUUACCUGCUAAAAAAAUGAAUCAAACGUCACAUUUUUGUAUAAUUUGGUAUCAUCUCAUUGUCAAUUCUACUUUAUCAUAUAGGUGACUUUACCUGUGGCAUUGGACAUAGUAAGGGAGUCCAUGGAUCCUCGAGGAGUCUGCUCUAGAGGUGUGAGGGGCUCAUUGAAGCUCAUGGCAUUGAUGGGGUUCCUCCUGGUCAGCGGAGGUCUGCCGUCCCUCUGGAAUCCAUGCAGGCUGAUGCUCCUCUUGUCAGAGAAGCCCUGGCUCUGGCUAGGCUCAUUGAAGCUCAUCUGGGUUCGUAACUUAUUAGGCCUGAACUCAUCUUGGCUGAGGUGGGUCCAGUUUUCAUUGAAGGAGUGGCCCCUCAGGGCAGCCAUAGGGGUCCUCUUGGUGUUGCCUUGCUCCUUCCCCCAGGAAUCUGGCCUCUUCACUUGGUUGGCAGGAUUCUGAGCAGGAAGAUGAGCGUUUGCGUUGGGAUUAUAGCCCUGUCUGAGGUUACACUGACCCAGCAGAUGAAUAGGUGCUGGAGUUGGGGAGGGUGCCUGCUGGGGGCCCUCAUAGGCACCAGGGACAUAUGGGUCAUCCCGGCUCAUCCACACCUGGUUAAGGCUUGGGGCGCGGCUUGGAGUGCGACUUGGUGUGCGGUUAGGUGUCCUGCUUGGGGUCUGGCUAGAGGAUAGGCUUAAACGGUCCAUCUGUCCAGACAGGGGGUCACUUUCGGCAGAUAGACGGUCAGGCAAAGGUGGUGGGGCUGACUGGCGAACCUCCCCACUCCUCCGAUCCUGCUCAGCAUUUCUGCGCUCCUUUUUCCCGAUCUUGGUGCUGUGGCGGGACUCACGGGAGCGAGCGCUUUGGAAGGCAGAGUCUGAGGAGUCAGACUCAUCUGGAUCCUGAUAAAUCAAAAUUAAACAGAUUAUUAUGAUAGUUUAACUCUUGUUUCACUGCUCACUUUUUAACUGAAGAGUUUAGAUAAUAUUGGUGUUUUUUGUUACCCACCUGCCCGGCACUGCAGGAUCGUGAGCAGAAGAUCUGCCCCUGCUUUGGCAGGAAGGGGCGACCCAACAGGGAGCGCUUGCAGUGGGCACAGCAAAAACAUUCCUCAGUUGCAUGCCAGUGCUGACCGUCAUACGUCAUCUGGCCUUGGUCAAUACCUUUGGGAGAAGGGAAAAAAAUGAAAAUGAGAGAGAAAGAAGGGAUGGAGCCUCUGCUGCCUGCCUUAAUACUCCAACCUCUGCUCGUGGGGUGUGCAACUCAACUACUAAGCCAAACUGGUGCCCCAGAAAAUUAAUUUUUUAAGGCACCAGAAACAUGAUAAUCAUUAAAAUACACAAGGGGUCCAGCUUAAACAGCCUAAUUAUGGUAAUGUGAUGGCAGCUAUCUCCAACACUACUGUAAAAGUGGUAUUUAAUUAAGUCUUGUCAAGUAAAAACCACAACCUGCAGUUUGAUUUUAGCCAUUAGGGAGAAGGUUAAGCUCAUUUUGGUGAAAUAUACCCUUAAUGUUGAAGUGAUAAAUGCAUAAACAGAGCCUUUUUUCCCUCCUAAAGGAGAGAAACCCUUGCUUGAUCAUUCAGUUUGUAAGACAGUGUGAAUAUAUUUCACCAACCCUGCUCCCCAGCUAGGGAAAGUAAUCAUCUUUCACAGCCCCCAUCUGGAAACAACAAGGGAGCAUCUUCUGAAACGCUCUCUUUGACUGUUACUGGAGCUCUUAAUGAUAAUAACCAUCCACAUCUCACUGCACUGACUCCGCCUCCCCACAGCUGUGACACACACAUACACACAGCACUGAUAACACCCACACUAAUAAUAAAUGGCUUUUAAACAUGUCAGUGUGUUUCGGUAUUGGUUAAUGUAUGUUCAGGGAUCUUCUGCAGAAAUAAUAAACCUAGAAGAGAGAUGCGCCGUACCUAUGUGCUCUCCACAUGCGUCACAGUACUCCGCAUAAAGAGACUCGAAGCAGUUGCAGCAGUGUGGCCGUCCAUCCUUCAUGAUGUAGCGUUGGCCGCCUAGGGUGGUCUCACACUCGUAGCAACAGAAGUGCUUCAUGUGCCAGUGUCUGCCCUCUGCCUCGGUGCAUUCAUCAGCAAAGAUUAUCUGUGUGACCCAAGCGUUACAUUAAUCAACAAGGAUACUCAGAGACUUCGUGAAGUUGAAUUGAGGUCGUCAGUUAAUGUUAAAUGACAGAUGACGUUUGAGGUUCAUUACGUUUUCAUGUUUCUCUAGGACACUGGUGAUUGUUCAUGUAACCAUAAGACAUUUAGCGUGGUCGUCCAUUAACCAGAAGGUUGGCGGUUUGAUUCCCCCUCUAUCCCAAGUCUGAAUGUUGUGUCCUUGGGCAAGACACUUAACCCACCUUGCUCCAAGUGUGUGUCCUCCACUGGUGUAUGAUUGUGAGUGUUGUGUGGUGGUGGUCAGAGAGGCAGUUUACCACCACCAAGGUGUGACUGUGUGAGUGAAUGAAUGAUGUAUCCAAUGUAAACCGCUUUAUGAAAUCUGAUGCAUCAUUAUCAUUAUUAUUAUUACUUAUAAUAAACUAAUAGCUUUCUAAAUACAUGUCAAUACAUGUUUGUGAGGUUUUGGCAGUGAAACCUCAUUGGUCUUUUCUCUCAAUUUUUAAUUUGGUUCAUCUUAAGAGAUGAAGCAGGCAUCACAAAAUUAAGUUUUACUGUGUCCUUGAAAUAAUUAAACCUUAGCAGACCUCAUGUGAAACACGACACGGUGGCUGUAGUAAUAAUUGGUAUCUCAACAUGCUCGCCUCGUAAAAUAAUUAGAUAACAAGCAGACUUUCUGAAACAUGGCAUGGAAAAAAAGAAACAUAUUUUCUCUCCACACCAGUCUAAACCAAGUCCAACCCUCUGUGCUCUGAACCAUUCAGCCGCUUCCAACCCAGAAGGGCUCCAGGCCCAGACAAGCGCACCUCAUCACAGGCACAGCAGCGGGGCUUCAGCCUCUCAGCGUGGUGCCGGCCACAGAAGAUCUUUCCAUCCUGGUAGAAGUAGAUCAGAUCCACCAACAGCUCUUCACACAUGCCGCAAACAAAGCAGUUUGGGUGCCAGCAUUGACCGUGACCUGCCCGGGCAGCAAAAACCACUAUGUCUCCUCCAUUGAUUUGACCACCACACUGUUGGAGAGAAAGAGGAAAGGGGAGAGGGAAGGAAAUAUAAAAGAAAGAAAGAGAAGGGGAAGAAAGGGCACCGAGAGGAAAGAUUGACUCAGAAAAGCAAAGGUUACUCAAGGAAAAAAGAAAAGGUCAGAAGAGGACAGCAAAGAAACAUAGAAGGACAGGAAAAAAUGAAAAGAAUUGAGAAAGGGAACAACAAAAAUAUGGAAAAAGGACAAAAUAAGAGAGAGCAAUAAAUAGGAAAGGAAGACAGAAAAGAAAAGGAACAACAGAUGGGGAUAAAGAGAAGGAAAUGGAAAGGGAAGGAUAGGAAAGGAAAGGGUAAAAACAAAGAGAAAGAAAGGCAAAAUGGGUGUGAAAGAAAAAGCAAAAAAGGAAGAAAGCAAGUGAAAUGAAAGGAUAAAAAUAGAUGAAAAGGAGAAAAUAAAAGAGGAAAAACAAAUGGUAAGGGAGAGGUAAAGGCAAAGAAAGAAAUUAGAUGUCAGGAAGUGAAAGGGAUAAUGUCAGUGAGAAGAAAAAUCAGAGAAAAAGAUGAAAACAAACCACUUGAUAGAAAAAAGGAGAGAAGAAGAUGGUCCCUGAAAAAACUAUUUGUUCCCAGAGUUUUAAUGUUUUCUUAUUUAUCUCUAAUUUAUCUAACUGAUGAAACAUCAAAGAUCUCAUGCAGCGAAGCAGAGUUUUUAAAAUGAGCUGAUUUAUACCAAUAGGACAGAGAAUUUAGAGCCUUCAAACUUCUAAAAAGGUUCACUGAUAUCUGCUAUGAUUGAAAUGGAGGAUAAGAGCACAUGAGAGGAUGGAGGCAUGGUUGCUGAUUUUACCUUGUCACAAAUUGCCCCAUUGAUGGUGAGAGGGAAAGGACGGACGUUGCCUCUUCCCAAAUUGUCCUUCUUGCGUUGGUUACUGAAAAGUAUAAGCUCUCGUUUCUCCUCUUCAUCCAGCGCAUUACAAUAACGUACCUGAAGGACACAUUAUCAGGCAGCGUCAUGAGUGAGUGAGUGCUAAGCAAAGUUUAUUUAUGCAGCACAUUUGAAGAAAAGACGUCACAAAGUGCUUUAUGAUUUAUAAAAAAAGUCUUUAAAGAUGUUUCCUGAUUGGAGGAUUUUAUAUAGGCACAGAGAGGUUGUGUGUGUAUAAAUGAGAAUGUACCUCAUUGUCAUGUGGUGGCAACUGGUGCAGUAGUUGUUUGAUGCGAUAUUUCUCUCCAGGGCUGUUUAUGUAGGGGACCUUCUCUUCAGGUAGGGAGUUAUAAUACUGAUGCACCUGCAACAAACAACAUCAAGAUAGGAAGUUUUGAUACUGCCUUCAGGUAUUUACAAAUCAAAACAUUGACGUGAAUGGACAUAUGAAGUUGACGUGUUUUCUAACUCUUGAUUUAUUCAGCAGAUGUUAGGCAACAUCAGCUUUCAUUCGUGUUGUUUAUGUGCGCACCUCACAAGGGCAAGAUUUGCAUUUGUGUGGGUCAGAGAAGUUUUUGGCUACUUCAGGCGACGGUGAUUUAUUAAUUCAUGGUGACAGGCACACCUAAUUUGAUUGAAAUUACUUUUGAAUUAAAUGAUCAUGGUCCUUAUGCAAAUACAAUUUGUUAUUGCUCUACCCGACGAUAUCCCUGCCCUUGGAAAUUAGUGUCUAGGAUUUACAAAGAGAUCUGUGUUGCUGCUGGCACAUCCCUGCACAGUAGCAGGUUCUUUAAACUUUCAGUAGCUAAUAUUCACAGUGCUUUGAGGAAAUCUCAGUGCCUCAUACUCAUAUAGAUAUUAGAAUUCAUGAAGCUGUAGCACUCUGUAGCCAUGGCCUGAACUUACUUGUGUAUUUGCAUGCUAGUGGGGGGAAAGAAGAAAACCUUGAUUGGUAAACACUCAAAUCACAGAAAGCAAUCUUGUCACUUGUGCGUGAUUUUCGGCAAAACAGCCUUUGACUCAAAGUGGUCUUGUUUUCAGUGCGGUGUAAAGAUCUAUUCUGUUCAAGUUGUUGAGACCCAAUUUCCAUAAUCAGUGGGGUGGAGAGUGGAAGGAAGAGGAAAUGUGUCUCUCUAAGUGCUCUAUGACCCACCCACAUGUUUAAUUCUGUAGUACAGAGAAACCAAACCUAAUGCCAGUUUUCAAGGUCAGGGCCAUUACAGGAGAUGAACUUUUCAUGAGUAUCUUAGGAGAGCAUGGGAAGACAGAAGUGAGCUGGAAAUGUGAGCGGAUAUUACCUUACAACUGGGUUUUUCUUUGUCUAUCAUCCUGCAAAAACAGCUAAACUGUACUAUCUUCCUUAAUAGCUUUUUAAGUAUAUUGGGCUGAAUUGCUGGAAAUAAAUAUUGAUCUGCAACAAACACUUAUUUUUGUUAAUGGGUAUUUUAUGGACUUUUCAGUUAUUAGUUUCUUGCUUAUUGAAAAAAAUCCUGCAACCCAUUUUUUAACGAUAAAAUUGGAUAUAGUACAAUGUGACACAAUACAGUACAGUACAAUAUGAUACAAUAUAACAUAAUACAAUGAGAUGGGAAAUAGUGGAUAACAACACCAUACGAUAUGAUACAGUAAAGCAGAAAAACAACACAAUAUGAUGUAAAAUGUGGCGAUACAUUUUUUUGCCCCCUAUGGGAAAAUGUGUCUUUGAGAUGAUACAAUAUGGCACAAUAGAAGUAAAAUAGUAAACAAGAUCUGUACUUUUAGAUUAAACAAUA